AUGGAGAACUACAACAUCUACGACGAGAUCGGACUUGGCACGAACUCGUUUGUGUACAAGGCGCGGCGAAAGCGCAGUAUUGAGUACGUGGCCGUCAAGUCUACAGCCAAAAGCCGCAUGGACAAGAUCCUAAACGAGGUGCCGUUCCUGCACAAGCUCGAGAGUCCCUAUGUACUCAAGUUCUUCGACUGGUACGAGUCCUCCAACCACAUCUGGCUCAUCCUUGAGUACUGUAUGGGCGGCGAUUUGCUCAACCUCAUCACACAGGACAAACACCUCCCCGAGUCUGCAGUGCAGUCGUUUGGGCUCGAACUUGUCGCCGGACUGCAUUAUUUGCACUCCAACAGCAUUUUAUACUGCGACCUGAAGCCUGCAAACAUCCUCAUCGACGAAUUUGGGUCGCUCAAGCUGUCGGAUUUUGGUCUGGCACGUCGCAUUCCUGGGAGCGACGCAACACCCGCACGGCCACUGGCUCCAGGAUCGCCACAUUAUAUGGCGCCUGAAUUGUUCCAGCAGCCUGCAGUGCAUAGCUUUGCGUCGGACUUUUGGGCAUUGGGCUGUGUACUGUACGAACUGAGAACUGGCCACCAGCCAUUUACACAUACUAACUUCUCAGAGCUAGCACGAAUGAUUCAAUCGGAAGUCGUGGAGCUCCCAGUCCUUGGAUGUGUAAUGUCGCCUGCAUUUUGUGACCUAGUAAAGCGGUUGCUAGUUAAAGAUCCUUAUCGGCGGAUCACCUGGGAUGAGCUGGUGGACCAUCCGUUUUGGGGCAGUCUGCCUCGCAUCGACAAAGUGGCAAUGCCUCCACAGGAGAUAUUCGACAGGAAUGCGCCAGUGUCGCUGAGGUACGUCCCUUAUUCGAGGUGUAACUGUACAAACUGGUCGUCACUUUUGAAGCUUGUUUUGUACAGUGAACAGGCUGCCAGCAAUGAAGCUCCAAAAGAUCCUGAAGACAAUUCUGGAGACAUUAAGUCCAACUUCAACAAUGACGAACACCAAGAAAAUGGGGAUAACGAUGAUAAUAAUGUGGCUCAUAAGGAUCAGCAGCCACUUGGAAAUGGACUCGAAGCAGCAAGAGCAGAAAAUAGCUGUGGUGACGAAGGUAACUUUUCGGAUUCUGGAGAUUCAGAGACGGACGAGGCAAUUAACGGAGCUACCACGGACCACGGCGAGCUACGACCUGUCAGCGCGCCGAAUUCUCGAAAACUCACUCUACCAGACAGCAACGAAGAUUUGAACGAUGACCAAAAUGGUAUUUUGAACGAAGUCAGUCAACUGGUUGCCAUCCGACAGCACUGGAGAGCUGCUCGUGCGCCUCAUUCUGCACCUCCUGCUAUCCGGAAUGUCCCAAACAAGCGAAUGUCAAUAAACAACCUGUUCGAUCGAAGUGGCGUACCAGGUAGUGGACUUCGCAAGGUUUCCAAGCUUGUGUUUACAGCUGCAGACUGCCGUGUGAAGUCUAUCAUAGGGAACAAAGACAUAAAGAUCGAAGACUUACCGCACGUUCGUGAAGAUCUUCUCCGCUUCGCCCUUACAACGCCGGACGAUCUGCUAUCGUGCCCAGCAGAGGGUUUGGAGGGCCAGCUGAAAGAAAUCUACAUCAGUCUGAAGUCUUCUCACGCCGACGAUGAGGCGAGACUUAGUGUCAUGGCGUAUUUAUUCUCUCUAAGCUGCCACGCCCGACUGGCUCACGUGAUCGUGAACAGCUCUAUUCUCAAGCUUCUGAUUCGAAUGCUGUCCCAUGAAGCCCGGCUGUCGACUCCGAACAAGACAUUCAUAUCGAUGUCGUGUCUUGUGCUGGGCGUUCUUUUCCGCUUUGCAACGUUUAUUGCGCCGUCGUCGCCCGAUCAAUUACAGCUACUUGUCAAGUCGCUUCUGGAACCUCGCCCGCUAGCACUCGCGUGUCUUGGAGAAUUACUUUUCUACAUAUCAACUCAGCACGAGUGGGAAUUACCCAUGGAAGGCGUGGAAACCGUACUGGGGUGCAUUGGGGAUGCUGACUUGACACUCCGCUUUUACGCGGUGCGGACGCUGGGUAACAUGCUGAUACAGUGCACAGAUUCUCUGCUAUCUCGGCUGAUAAGCGAGAAAAUUGUGCUGACUUUAAUGCCGCUUGCCCACGUUUUGAGGCACCUUCGUGUUCCGUCUUCGGCUGCAAGCCUCUCGUCAAGAUUACAGCGAUCGAUCAUGCUGUUUUUCGCCAAACCGGAUAUCCUCAAUGCGGUGUGGCGAGGCGUGGAGCGGGUGCAAGCUUCUGCUGAACUAGCGAUCGCUUCGUUGAACAUUAUUAACGCUUUCUUGGAUAUGAAGCUCGGCACGGAAAGAGAAGCGGAAGCUGCUGCGAUCAGAUCCAGUCGAACGUUGCUCCUGGAACGUGUGAUAGCGUUUCCAAUCAUUUGCUUGAUAAUGAUCCACUUGGGUGUGCAGUUGAAUCGGAGCUUUUUGCUCGCGUUUGUCCAGUAUAACUCGCUAGAUAUCGUGGAGAAAGUGAUUGGUCCGAUCGCAGAGCAGCUCGGUGAGGACGAAGCCGGUCCUGGCUCGGUUUCGCCGGAAAAGAAGCUCUCGGCGUUUGAGCUGUAUCUCGCGCAGUGUGCCUUGAACGUGUGCAAGCUGUCGAUUCGAAUGGCUCUGAAACUUGGAGCUAUUUGCUUCUCCUCGUACGAGAAUGGCGACGAGGAAGUAGCAAGUAGCAACAAUGAAGAGCAUCGAUCCCCUAGGAUAUCUCCAAUCCCGUUCCAGCUUUUUGACGGACUGCUGCAGAACCCAAACUGUCGACAGCAGCUGUUAAACUAUUUCGUGGCAAACGACAGCAAGCAGUUUACGUUCUUCCUGCGGCUGAUGACCAAGUUACUGACGUCGUUUCAUGACGAGGCUUUGGUCGUACCAGGAGACACUGAGAAGACGACGACUAUAGCGCGAUAUGUGUCUGAUAUUUUGCUGGCAUUGUUUGGGUUUGCAGGCAAGGAGAGCAAUGACAUCGUCUUGGUGGAGAAGCAAAUGCUGUUCACUCAUUUGCUGCCUGCAAUAGUGAAGCAUGUUAGUGGAGAAUCGGGGGAUGUCGCGGUGAAUUGCCUUCGCAUUCUUCACGCUGUGUUGCUGGAUUUCGAUUAUGACGAUGACAGUGGCGACUACGAGUUUUACGAUCCUUUCGUUCGAUCGAUACUUCUUCCUUACUUGAACACAUUGUUCAGGAGUCCGAUGGCUUUGAUCGAAAACACUUGGAGCUUGUCGAGUGAACUUCUGUUUGGGUUACUGUCCAGCGACUCGUCUCUUCUUGCGGAGGCAGAAGAUUUGAAGCUGGUUCCCACUAUUACGAGCUUGUUGCAAGUACCAGUCGAGUUCCAGUCUCUGCCUUCGCAUGCUACGCAACUCGUUCAACUGCUUGUGGAUUCUCCUGAUGUACACUCGGAGUUACUGUACCAGUCAGGCAUUGCGAGGAGUGUUGCUGCUGGCUUGACAUUCUCUUGGAAACGCAAAGUGGUGGAUGGAAAUCUGCUGGACCUGUUUCUAAUUCUGCUGAACUUGCUCCAUCAGCAAUUCGAAGCGAUGCGGCUACCAGGAUUAACGUCAACUCCAACGGGUUUUGAUGAGUUGGUGAAUUGUGGACCGUUGCUGCUUCAGUUCUGCGCUUGGAGCAGCGUUGGUCAAAAGAUAAACGGAGAGUCCGAAUACGUACCACCAGAGAACGAUCCUGAUGAAAAGAGUCGAACGAGUAUUGAACUCGUGGAUUUAGCCUCACAGUGCCUCGUCUUCCUGUCUCAGGUGAGUGUUGAAGUGCCGAUAUUGCGAACGUACCUGGCAGUCUAA